AUGGAGCAGCGUACAACGCACUGGGAUGAAACACUGAUGGGUCGAGAGUUCUGGGAGGAUGCCACACAACAUGAGGAAAUGAUGAGGCAGCAGCUGGCUACUCGUAGGAUAUCCAGCCCCUCACUUGCUUCAGACUUCUAUCCCUACUUGCAUUCAUCUCCUCCAAUGAAUCAAAUUGAGCAGAUCCGUAUGCUAACCUGUCCCCCCAAAGAAUCUUCUCGCACUGCCUACCCUCCCUUUCCCAAAUUUCACGUCCCCCAAAGCGCCCCGCCCAACAUCGAUCAUGAGCAAUCCGUUUCUGCCCAGACACAACGACGUCUCAGUAUGUCGGAUGUUGGAAAGACAGACUCGCAGCAACCAUCUGCCUUCGCAACGGGAAUUGCCCGAUUCAAGGCUUUCGAGCGGCGUGUUCGAUCUCCGUCCCCACGGAAAAUGAUGGCUUCUUCCAUCAAUGCCUUGACAUCGUGGCGUCUAUCUCCCGUCUCGUCCUCUGACCGCCGUCCCCGACGAAGCUCGCCGAUCAAGCAGGCUGAGCUACCUCCUCCUCCAGGUCCGAGUGAGGUGGUGCAUACGGAGGAAGUCUCGUCUCCCCUUGCAACUUCAUCGCCACAGCAGACAAUGGCCUUUAUGGAUGACUUUGCCACUGCCGCAAAGCCCUGGAUGGGGUUUCGUGGAGGUGCGGCCUGGGAUGUUCUGUCACGGGCGAAGCAUUCUCUUGGCUUGGAUCUCUACUCGCCACGUCUGUUUGAGGAGGAGGAGGAUGACGAAUCCCCUUUGAAAAUCUGUGAACUGAAGCCACUCCUGGAGUUCCGUCAGCUGCGCUCCCUGAAAUUGACCGGCAUGUUGCGAUCUCGCCAGCGUGAUAUUUGGCAGGCUGUCUGGCUCAUGGUCGAAUUGGAGGAGCUAGCCCUGGAAAUGGCCCUCGAGCCGGAGAUUGUGCACCCGCAAUUCGCAUCCGAGUGGAAAUUGAUCGACGAGGACUGGAUCCUGAAAAAGGUGGACUUGUACAAGCACGACCCCAGUGGACAAGCCAAAGACGGCCAGCUGCGAGACGACAUCGGAUUCGGCGAGUAUCUCGACAAGCACUGCAUGGAAAAAGCCAACAUCCUGGCCAUGGCGAUGGGCCGCACUCGCCUUCGCCUCACUCUCAAACACCUCACGCUCUCCGGCUUUGUCGUGGAUGCGGACCCCUUUUUCGUGUGGUUUGACCCCCGAUAUUUGUGCAGCAUUCAGUUCAAAGGCAAAUGCUACGACGCGGGGUUCUGGUUGCCGAAGUGCAUGGGCGAUGUGGUUGUGUCCUGGCCCAGUCCGGCCGAUCUGCAGCCAGUCGCGGUCCCGAUGGUGCCCGUCAAUGCGUUUAAAGAUUUGAAGGUGGAGGACGGUACGAGCCGACCGGCCGAGCCGAUGACCUGUCCAGCGCAGGAGUUGGAGGGCCGUGCGCUGUAUGACUUUUUCUAG